GUCGAGCUCCUGAGCACUCGAGAGAACACCCCCCUCCGAGCGGUCCCCGCAGCUGCCACACCUCACCCCUCGGACGCCUCCGUGGCCAAUAUGGCUCAAGGCUUAGGAAGUAGGGGCGCUCUGCUGCUCACCUGCCCAGGUGCCUACGCGGGGCCGAGGGAUGGCGGUUCGUAUCAAGCCCGCGGGAUGUGCGGCCGAGUUCAUCGGGAUGUUCCUCUUCGUGGCUUUUUGCUGCGGCACUGCCACCGGCGUCGCUGGGACCAGCGGGUGGGUUCAGCAGGUGUCGUUGACGUUCGGGUUUUGCAUCUUCGUGCUCGCGAGCGCCCUGGGGCGAUGGGGGCUCCAGUGCAACUGCGCGGUGACGUUCGCGCUCGCGAUCGCCAAGCUCUUUGGCAUCGGGGACAUGGGCAUUCUCCAGGCGGCCGUGAACCUCGUCUUCCAGGUCCUCGGCUCCGUCGCGGGGGCGGCGCUAGUUGCACUUAUCAAAGAGACGGACAGCGACAGGACUCCAGACGGCGUGCCUGGCGGAGGGGCACUCGGCUCCAACAUGCUUGCGGCCGACGUCGGCAUUGGGGAGGCCCUCGCAGGUGAGGCUUUGGGUACAUUCUUGCUCGUGUUCAUGGUGCUGCAGGCUGUCGUGGACGAGACGAAGAAUGUCACGAUGCCCCUGGCCAUCGGAGUGGCCGUCUAUCUCGCCCACUCCAUCCUCAUCCCGAUCGACGGGUGCUCCAUCAACCCGACCCGAACCAUCGGGCCCGCGCUCGUCGCGACGGUUCUCCUCGACAGGGUCACCGAUGAGGUCAGCGACAAGAUCUGGGAGGACAUGUGGGUCUUCUGGGCGGGCCCGCUCUGCGGGGCGCUCCUGGCGGUCCUCGCCCACGUGGCGGUGCGCACGCUGCCGGGGCAGCCCGGCGUGGGCGAGGAGGAGGGAGAGGCCAGCCUCGGGGACGACGUCGACAAGUCGAUCUGAGCGAAGAUCGCCGCGGGUUGAACGUCUGCCGGGCUUGCACGAAGCGAGGAGGAGGAGG